AUGACGUACAACCUCACCCUUGUUCUCACCUUUGGCAUGGUGGCUUUCCUUGCCACCACUUGCUCGGCCGAGUGGCUUGCGCUUCAUUCGUUUGACACUCGUUCGUCGAGCUGCAACGCGACGGUGGCCCAGCCGAACACGGUCUACACCAAGACCGGGCUUUGCACUUUCGACUCGGACUUCAACAAGUGGUUCAAGGUCGCCUGCACCGCCGGUGGCUCCACCUUCCAGGCCACAUACUGCGACGACAAGGCAUGCACGACUGGAUGCGUUGACGGACCUGUUGUGGCGAUUAGCGCGACGACGUGCCUCGAGACCAGCGACAUUGUGCCGUCGUCGCUGACGGUGACGACGACCAAGUACAACAUCGCCGCCGAGUGCGUUGCUGCUGUCCCCACUGCGCUCGAGGGCAAGGCCGUCGGCGCCACGUACAACGCACCGUCGUGCGGUACCAACAUGGCGAGCAUCCAGGAUCUUGCAUGCUUCUACUCGACCAGCACCUCCAUUGCGCCGAGCGACCGCACCCUCACCGUGACUUGCGACGCCUCCGGCAACCUGCAGGUGGCCACUGGGUGCAACCCAGGUUGCGCCACGGGCUGCUCCGCCGCUCAGCCGCUUACCAACAACAAGUGCGAUCUGACGACUGCCACCGCGCCCGACGGCUCCACCGUCUCCAUCUCGAAGCUGAUCCAGUGCACCACAUCGGCGAAGACGGCGACGUCGGCCGCCGCCCAUCAGUCUUCGGUCUUCUUCCCCACCGCUGUGGUCGCUCUUGCCACCGCAGCACUGGCUAUGACCUUCGCUGCUUAA